AUGCCCGCAUCGCAGGAUCUCCAUCCAACAUCAUCCACCGCCGAAAACGGCAACGUCCAAAGGGAGAAAAGACUGAAUGCGCUACGUACUUCCAUCGCUGAGUUGGAAUCCCAAGCAGAGCAACUAGAAUCCCAAAUUGCUUCUGUCAAAUCUCAGCUCAAACUGAUCGCCCUCAGAGAUGACCCUGCAGUAACAGUCCAACGUCAUAUCCGUCUUCUUCACGACUAUAACGAGAUCAAGGAUAUCGGACAAGGCUUGAUGGGCCUUAUUGCCGAUGCUCGAGGAAUGCGUCAGAUCGACGUCCAGAAGGAGUUUGGGGUAGGAGAUCGAGACUGA